AUAUCAAAAAAUUUUUUACAUAAAACUGAUAUUUUUUAGUUUCAGUAAUCAAACGAUUGCCACCGGUUUUAGUGAAUUACAUAUACCACUAGUAAUGGGUAUAACGCUAUUUAUUAUGUGUUUAUUAUACGCCGAUUAUUAUGUGUGGAAAACAAUCAGUGGUUUGAGUGAUGGGUUGCGGGCAUUGAAAGCAUCGAAACUUACCGUUGAAUCCGAUGUCAAACAAUUGGCCCAACAAAUCAAUGCACAGAAUAUAAGAUGUCCAGCGAGUGAUUUCUCUUCAAGUACUUCAUCGAUCGGAUCCCACAAUCAAUUGACCACUAAUUCAGACAAAAUCAGUGAUGAUAUCAAUAUUCGGGAAACGUUUCAGAAAAUUGAGAAUCAAAUCAAAACUCAAUACCAAAUGACAUACACUUUAUUGAAGGCUUUGGUUAUAGAAAAUGAGUUAUCGUUGACAGCAAUCGAAGACAUCAGACAAUUGGCCGAAGACUCGGAUGACAGCGAAUCCAUGGCUAGUGUUAGUCCGAUAUAAGAC